UCCAGGUUUCCAGAAUCUUUCUGUCACUCACAGGCACUCGCUACUUGAUUCGUUAUCGCGUAUUAUCGCAUUAUGUCGCUUUAGAUUAUCAGCUUUUAUAUCGCAUAAGAGGAAAAAUUGUGGAAAGCUAAAGAUAUUAACAUUGUAAUUCGGAGAUAUUGCUUAUUUUUCAUAUCGGCGCUUAUUCGCGACAUUCAAGUCGAAUUGGUUAUAUAGCGUAACGUGCCUAACCAUAACACUUCAUCAAUUCAACGUAGCGGAUCUUCACGAAAAUCGCGUGAACACUUUAGAUAAGCGCGCGUGUAUUUGUGUCUAUAUCACCGAGAAUCUGAUCAGAGCGUUUUGUUGAAAAAUCGAUGAUAAACGAAAAGAUACAGCAUGGAAAGUGAGCAUAGACAACAAGAGAGCAGCGAGCCGAAAUCGAAGGAUAGGUUAGUCGGCCUGUUGGAUCAAAUUGAAGUGCAUGUAGAACAAUUGCGGAAGGAUGCUUCUAGGCUCGAGGAGGAAAAGGAUAGUUUGAUGACGACUUUGGAUACUCUUAGAAACAAUGACAUGCUGUGCGACCUUGAAGAACCUGACAGAGACGAUAUUUUAAGAUAUGCUGAAAGAUUGUCUAUGCGAUGUUCAACUGUAGAUGUAUUGGUCACUGUUCAGCGGGAUCAUGUACAGCAGGAAGCACUACAUCAGGUCAACGGUUUGAUCGAUAGUCUGGUCAUAAACUUGCGUCAAGAUCCAAGUGGCACUCGGCAGAGAUGUGCGCAAUUCAUGAACGCAUGUUCGUCACAUAGCAUAGGUCAUUCCGAUAAAAUAUUUGAGACUGCUAUUCUUGGAUGUACAUUAGACGAUCAAAAAAGGGUGAAGAAAAGGCUACAGGGUUUGCUCGAUUAUAUCGACAAGAUGCACAUUUUGGAGAUGACCCAGUGAAAACCUUUAGAUAUUACUUUAUAGAGAUAUAUCUUCCACAUGGUUUUGAAUGUCGGCGUUUUGUGAUAUUCCAAUGUUAUCGCGUUCGUAGCUAAUUUAGGAAACACUCGGGGAAAUUACAUCUUUACGUCCUCUCUGCGCAUAAAAGUCUUCACUUUUUGUCCACUACGCAAUAAGUUACAUUAUAUAGAAUGUUUGCUUGUGUAGAGUACAUCAGCAAUGAAUUGGAUUUACUAUUAUGACACCACGGCGCCUAUGAUCUCGGUUUUUUUAAAGUCGAGUCUCGAACUUAUUUGAAGAUACUUAGGCAUCUCUAGAGAAAGAAAUAUUGCUGUUUUAAGAAAGCGAUAAUGUGAUCAAGAUUAAUAAUAACAAUUUUCAGGUCUCUAUCAUGUACAUUUUGAAAUAAAGAGGAAUUUCCAGAGAUUAUAUGAGUGCAUAUGUCGAAUCAUGAAUAUUAUGCAAAUGAUCUAACGUUCAAAAUAAAGUAGACGGAUCUUUUAACAUUUUUAGUUAAUAUAAUUACAUAUUUACUUUGUAAAAUAUAGAUUGCUGAUCAAUAAGUUGAGCUAAUAUAACAAUGGACAAUAGUUGAUUAAUGUUGUUUAAACGAUUAACAAUGGCGAUUAAACUCUAUUUUAUUAUCAAACAUAGAUUUUCUCGAAUAAAUCGAGAUAUUCCGCUAAUUUUUUAAGGAUCACUUUCCAACAUCGGUUAACAUUAAUCGACGAUUUCACUUUGUUAAUAAAAUUGCUAACACGAAUGAAAAUAUUUUAUUCUUCGUGUUAGCAAUUCUAUUAUAUAUAUAUAAUUUAUAUAUAUAUAUAUAUAUAUUCUAUUAACAAAUUGAAAUCGUCGGUUAACGUUAACCGAUUUUGGAAAAAGUGGCUCUAAAAUGGCUAUUUUUAUUUUUUCGUUUUCACUACUGCUGUGCACGUCUAGGAAGCCUCUUCUUUAGAUUUCACUUGUUAAAGAUGUUUUAUUUUUAGCAUAAUGUACAGAGAUUCUCAUUGUGUUCUGUAAUAUAAUGAAUAAACAUAAUAAAAAUAUAACAUAUACAGCA